AUGGUUCCUUAUCCGGAGGCCGACAUGUGCUCGCCCUCCCUUUUCAUUACAGGCUAUGGCGGCAUUUCACCCCGUACUCAGUGGGGCCGCGUGGCUGCUCUCGUCUACGCCCUUUUCGGCAUACCCAUCGUCUUGCUGUAUCUGUCCGCCAUGGGCGAGGCCCUCUCCACGGGCAUGCGCUGCCUGUUCCGCCGGCAGCGCGUCAAGGGCAGCGUCGCCAGUGGCCCCACGCCUGGACCCAGCGGCAGCCGCAAGCCAGACAAGGCCAAGGGCCAGCAAUACGGCCACCCGGGGACUGGCAAGAUGCACCAAUACGGCGUGCCGCCCUCCGUCUACCAACAGCAGCAGCAGCAGCAGCAACAGCAGCAGCAACAACAGCAGCAACAGCAACAACAGCAGCAGCAGCAGGGCGCCAAAACCGCUCUGGAUGGCUCGCCCAGCGUGCCGAUCUCGAUCUGUGUGUGCGUGCUCGUCUGCUAUGUGACCAGCGGAGCGAUAUUGUUCCACAAGCUGCAGAGCUGGAGCGUGCUGGAGUCGCUCUACUUCUGCUUCACCUCGCUGGGCACCAUUGGCUUCGGCGAGCUGGCACCCAGCGGCACCCUGACAUUGUAUACGGCCUCCGCUUACAUAUUGGUCGGCAUGGCUGUGGUGGCCAUGUGCUUCAGCCUGAUACAGACGGAGAUUGUUAUGUGGCUGCGUCGGUUCAGUGUGCAGGAUCAUGUCACGCCCAAGGUGGAGGAGCUGGCUCUCGUUACGGUGGCAGUGACGCCGAAGCCCUCCUGACAACGACCCAGCGCCGAGAUGCUGGGCGCCAGCGGCAGCGCCGCCCUCGGCACGGGCGCUCAGUCUCAGGCCAACAGUCUAGGCCAGCAUCAGACCAUGUUCUUUGGCCCGGCGCACACAUUGACCCAGUACAGCUCGCUGCCGCGUCGCAGCCACCUGCAUGGCGGCGUCGGCGGCGCCUCCUCCUCGGCGUUCCAGCGGAACACACCUAUACGCCGCUCGACCGGCAUACCGGAGCACCACAUGGAGUACUUUGUGCCGCGCAGCAUAAGCGAAUUUAAUUUGUCCGGCGUUGGCGACCUGGCGCUGCCGCCGCCGCGCCGCUUCUCGCCCAACAUGAGCGGCAUGGGCAUGCCCAUGGGCAUGGGCGUCGGCGUCAACAUGGGCGUCAAUAUGGGUGGCAUGGGCAUGGGCAUGGGCAUGCCGCACGGCCUCCAGCUGGGGCCGCCCCAGACGCUGCUCUGUGCCGCCAGCACCCCAUCCGCCCCGCCGCCAGCCCAACUGCAAAUUGUGACCCUCAAGCCGCGCAGCGAGAAGAUGGUGACGUUCGAGGAUGAGUCAAAGUCGGCUGCUGGGCCUGGAGCUGGACCUGGAGCUGGGGCUGGGGCUGGAGCUGGUGGUACACAUUGUCCGCACGGCGUGCCCACCACGCCGCGCAAGUCGAGCGGCGCCACCACGGCGGACAUGUUCAUGUGA